UAUUCCAUUAGCCUAUUGGAUGUUGAAUGCACAACAACCUUGAGUGGUCAUUGGAUAGCCGUUGUGUUGCUUUGAUAUCUUUACACAUUGCAAGUUGAUUUUUAGUUUACACACUCAUCAGUAAUUCCUAAUCUCGUGGUGUCUGGUCCGCUGUCACUGUACCUCGUCUGCGCAAACGUAAAUUACUUAGACGCAAACAAACUACUAGCUGGCCUUUUCAAUUAAUAGUGGCGAUAAUGCAUAGCGUCUCAGAACACGAAGACCCUGACCUAUAUUUUGAGCCUGUUAUUACUCUUCCCCCUUUAACAGUCUGUAGUUCCGAGGAGAAUGAAGAGUGCUUAUUCAAACAGAGAGCACAACUGUUUCGUUUCGACACUAUUGACGAUCCCCCAGAAUGGAAGGAGCGUGGGGUUGGAGUGUUAAAAAUUCUACGUAACAGGACCAGUGGAUGCUAUCGCUUAUUGAUGCGUCGGGAUCGCACGUAUAAGGUUUGUGCCAACCAUUAUCUCCUCAAAAAUAUGUACUUACGUCCAAACUGCAGCAGCAAUAGAGCUUUCGUUUGGAGUACGACAGCUGAUUUCGCAGACGAGGUGGUAAAACCAGAAUUAUUGGGUGUUAGAUUUGCUAACUCUACAUAUGCAGAAGAUUUUCGGAAAGUUUUUGUGGAAGGUUGUCAAGCAAGUGAGGAAAAACUAACUGAGAAUAGAUCCAGCAUUGAAGAUACUCAUUCUGAUAAAGAGGAUAAAACUGAUGAUAUUGGCACGCUCUCGAAUUCUGUCAAAGAAUGCUUGAAUAUUGCCUCACCAGAUACCAACUCUCCUGUUCAUUGCAGUUCGAUAAGAACCGAUGCUUGAAUAUCUCAUUAUUGAGACUUUUUUCAUAAACAAAUUUAGAUCUGUUAUACAAUAUCUAAUUUUUUAGAGAAGGUGUCUUAUAUAAUAUCUUAUUUGUUUUUCAUUAAGUAGUUCGUUGAAACCAGUUCUCAAAUAUCAAGCGCCAUUUUUUGUCUUAAUAAUGCCCUAUUCAGAGCUUGAAUCUGGUAACUCUGUUACAAAUAAUAUCUACAAGUAGAUAUGAAAUCUUACACCUUAUCCAAUUAUUGUUAUUUUAGUAAAGUCAUGGGUCUACUAAAAGAGUAGUGAAUUAAGUGAUUGCCAUUAAUCGGGUUCUGUGUGUUUGUAUAUGAUUUCUCCAUAAAGUAACAGUUGAACCAACAAGGUGAUGCAUACAUUUAUAGUCAUUGUAUCGUCUUUAGUUAUUUAUUUUCCAAGAAUCCUUUUUAAGUUAAUUGGCAAGUGUUUUGUCAGUUAUCAACAUUUGAUUCUAAUCAAUCAGGUUGAUGAAAGGAUUUUUAUUCACAAACUGUCGCACUUCACAUCUGCACAUAGGAUUCGAUAGGCCCCAAAUGCCCUGGUAUGGCCGAGAGUGAGAUGGACCCGCCCUCCCUCUCGAAAUGAUCUCACAUGGCCACGCGUAUACAGCCUCUGUCAGGGAAGUCCUACUCACUGCCUUCUCAUGGCAGGAGUGUUGUUUACAAAGAUGAGAGGACGAAAAGCGAAUGUCCGGCGCUUUAACCGGAUUCCAAACCAAUGGUGUACAUGGACACCAGUAUAUUGAGGGGACAAAUGGCGUAUAAACCAAUUGUUAAUCACCGGCUUCCAUGGGACUGCAUCUCCUCAUGAUGCUCCACUGCCUCGUGGGUCAGACCUUCAGUUCGAAGGCUCGGGGUGUGGCCCCCUAAGAAAACCGCCUGCUUCGGUCUGGACACCCGGGCAGUAUCCCAGCCCACACAUAGAUAUGAUGGAGUGUUGAUAUUUAUGAGAAAUACUUCUCUUGUUUCGAUUAACAAUCAAACGGUUCAUAUGAUUAUUAUUCACGUCAUCUGUUCACUCUCUUUUAUUUCCACUCUACGUAUCCUUAUUUACAGCAGCUCGCCUAUGGUGGCAACUCGGUUCUAUCUAGAUGAUCUCGAGUCACUGCCUAGUCGAAAGUUAAAUGCUUCCACCGAAUACGAAUACUCAAACAGUCUUUUUGAAACCACGUACGCGAUUCAAACUGUCUACCUUCAAAGUUCGCACACUUAUGCAGGUCGGACAACAGAUAGGGCUGGCUACGUUUUUAGAAAGUCUUAAUAUCGACGUUUGUUGUCUAUCCGAGACCCGUAUUCAAGACUGCUGAAGAAAUUCGCUCUCCAUCUGUCGCUUCAAAAAACUUGUUUUACGCGCGUUUAUCCGGGGACCCUGUGGCGUCUUCGUCCGGUCUUUCUAACGUUGGUGUCGCACUAAGCGCUAGAGCUGAGGCAGCACUAAUCGAUUGGAUUCCCACUAACAGUCGGUUGUGUGCUGGUAGAUUACAAAGUGAGAAGAAAUUGGCGGGAGAAACGAUGUCUUUUCGUCAUCUCCGCCUAUGCCGCGACAGAUUGCAGCCCGGAUGCAAUCAAGGAUGAAUUUUACCACCAGUUAACUCUUCUUCUCCAGAAAGUGCGUUCGACAGAUAUUGUAGUAUUAGCUGGAGACUUGAAUGCUCAGGUCGGGCGUCUAGGCACAGAAGGGAGUCGUUUAGGUGGUCGAUGGAGACUUGGUGGUCGCACGACAUAACGGGGACCGUCUACUGCAACUGUGCACAGACCACAACCUGUUUAUGGCUAGCACCAACUUUCGGCAUAGUCAUCGCCGAUGUGCCACCUGGUGUCCUCCCUCUGUAUUUCAAACCUGGACUCAGACUGAUUACAUCGCGAUCAGCUACCGCUGGCCUGGUUGUGUACAAGACUGCCGCUCCCUUUGGAGUACCUAUCUGGACUCUGAUCAUGCCCUGGUCUGCGCCAAUCUCACCUUACUUUCCAGUGGCCAACGAAGUGACCACCACCAAAGGAUUGAUGUCAGCAAGUUGGUUGCAACUUCUGUUGGAAGUGAGUAUCGAACCGAGCUAGCUUUUAUGCUAGCUACCAUUCCACCAAAAAGUACAGAAGUAUGGAGAAUUGGUUGCAACUUCAUGACGCCAUGAAAAUAGAGGGUACAGUCAGUUGUGGGUUCGCGAAACGUCCCGCUUAUAAGCACUGGUUUUCUUCAGGCUCCUUAAAACUCAUCGAAGCCCGUCGGUCUACUACGGGUGACCGUGAAUUUGACCACAAACGAAGGCUGAUACGUAAUGAGAUCGGGAAAAGCUUGCGUAAGGACCGAGAAACCUGGUGGUCGGAGCGUGAUAAUGAGCUGUAAGCAGCAACUGCAUCUGGUAACAACCGGAAGCUCUCUCAACUCAUCCGAGCCACUGGCAGCAAGAAUUCUGGUGUGAGCGAAACAAUCUGUGAGGAUGAUGGGAUGCCAGUCACUAACAUCCAUCGACGUCUUGGACGAUGGGCAGAAUUCUUCGAAGGGCAGUUCAACUGGCCUGCUGCCCCAGCAACAUCGGUCGGACUGUCCUGCCCUCCAUGGCCGGUGACGACUGAUCCACCAAAUGAGGCGGAAGUCCGCAAGGAACUCCAACUCUUGAAGC